AUGUUAGUCGCUUCACCGGUGGUUUCUUCAUCUGCUUCUUCACGGGAGUCGAAAACGAAUGAAUUAUUUCCAAAAUGUUUACGAACGAGACAAGUUACAUAUCCAUUUUCAAAUCUUGCAUCAUCAAAAUCAGCACUUGAUUAUCAUGAAUUAAGACGAUUACAGGAGAUGUCGAGUGAAUCCGAUGAUAGAGAAGAAACACAUAAUAUGUUCAUGAGACAAUAUGUAUCAGUAUUGAAACCUGAACCAAAGAAAUGUUGGACACCUCGAAUUAAAAUCACUCGUACGGCAAUAUCUGAUGUACAACCAAGUUCAAUGGAAAUGCAAUCAUCAUCGGUGUCUUCAUCACAAUUGUCAACACGACGAUCUCGAAAAGAGAACACACCAUUUCAACGUGAUAUACUCAUACUUCGUCGACUUUUACGGAAAUUACAUAUUCAACGAACAAAUGCUGAGCAUGAACAAAUUUUUCAAAUCAUGACUCAGUUUCCUCAAUUUAUGGCAAUCGAUCAACGACCUAAGUUACUUAGGCAAGCUAUUGAAAUAGCUCAUUUUGAAAUAUGUGACGACAUUCGACAACCAGUAUUACCUUCUAAUGGUUUCUUUUUGAUUUUGAAAGGCGGUGUCAGUCCGCCACCAGUGACUUCUGAGUUUCCAUCACUUGUACAUCAAAUCCCAAUGGGAACCCUUACUGUGGGAAAAUGUUUUGGUUCAUUAAAACCAUCACCAGAAGGCCAAUUAAAAUCUCCUUGGUAUGUAACAGCUGAAGAAAAUUGUGAAUUUCUUAAAAUUGACAAAGAUGAAUUUGCAACAAUUAAAACAAAAUUUGAACAGACAGAAUAUCAAGAAAAAUAUUCCUUAAUACGUUCAUGUGGAGAAUAUAAAAUGUGGACAAAACAACCGACAGAUGAAGUUGUUCGAGUUAUCGAAUGGAUAGAAUAUCCACAAAAUACAAUUUUAGCCAGUGAAGGUUUUCGUUGCCCAUUUAUUGCCUAUGUGAAAACAGGUGAAUGCCAUAUUUUACGAAAAGUUGAUGUAGUCAAAACAGCACACAAUGGUAUCAAAAGUCGGCAAUUACGUCAAGUUGUAAUGGGAAAAAUAAAUUCGCCUGAUUCCUUUGGUGAAAUAAGUGUUUUAUUGCAAGAAGCAAUGACUUGUACUGUGGUAACUGCUACUCAUUGUGUAUUAGGAAUCGUUCGUCCGGGAAAGACUCUAGAACUACCUGAAGUUACACGCAAAUUAUUAUUACAUACAGCUCAACGUACUUUUGCUCAUUUAUCUCAAGAUGAUAUCAGACGUGAAUAUAUUAAUCAGGAAACUCGAAAAGAAUGGACUGAUUUUAAAAAAGAUAUUUUGGAUGAUAUUAUUUUUAAGAAAAAUAUUCGUGCUGGUCAAGGUAAAUGGCAACAUUCAACACCAAUACCGACACCGGCUGACGACCGUCAGACAAAAUCAUCCAUGCAUUAA